AUGAAACCUCAGGACAUCUUACAGUUGAAGGGUAGCUUGUGGGUAUUUGGUUAUGGAUCUUUAGUAUGGAAACCUGACUUUGUCUACCAGAAGAGUAAAAUAGGCUACAUCAAUGGCUACAAAAGGCGUUUCUGGCAGGGAGAUGACUUCUAUCGAGGAGACAAGGAAAAUCUUGGAAGAAUAGUGACCCUGGUGGAGGAUCAGGAUGCUUCUACAUGGGGCGUGGCCUUUGAAAUCGCAAACAGUCAGAUACCUGAGGCUAUGAAGUACCUGAACAUGAGAGAAGUGGUGGUGGGAGGAUACAUAACAGAGAUGGUGGAGUUCUUCCCUCAGGAGAGGGGCGAGGACACCAUCCACGCCUUGGUCUACAUCGCUACAUCCGACAACCCCACUUACCUGGGCCCCGCCUCGGACCAGGAGAUCGCUGACCAGAUCGCGUCCUGCAGUGGCAAGACGGGCAGCAACCUUGAAUAUCUGCUCGGGCUUGCUGACUUCAUGCGUCUCCACUGCCCCAAGGUGGAGGAUGACCACCUUUUCGGCAUCGAAAAGGCCGUUUUAAACAAUUUAAAGAACUCUGAAACAAAACUCACCAUGGGAUCAAACUAA